AAAUUGUACCUUAUUUUUAAAAUGCAUAAUAAAUAUUCAAUUCAUCCGACAAUAAUUGUUUCACUAUACUAUUUUGAAAUCUUCAUCAAUAUUGUCCAUUUUAUAAAAUCGAUGAAUCAUCUUUUACUUAAUUAUAUUGGGGUGAAAAAUAAAGAGUAUAACUAACCUAAUGGACUUUGAAGAGUUUAUGUGACGCUUUCACUUCCUUUUUUGCUGUCUCUAAAAUCAAAUCACAAGAGAUUAUUUCUGCAGUAAAGUAAAAUGUUGAAAGCAUCUUCAACUGCACCCACCACCUUCACCCUCGCCACCGUGGGUUGAGCUUCCAGCCGAAAUCACAAUGGGCAUUCUGCGGCGUGUGGGAACGAUAGAGAUACUGGAGAGUGUACAGAGGGUUUGUAGCACAUGGUGGAAGGUGUGCCAUGAUCCCGCUAUGUGGCGUGUUAUUGACUUGAAGCAUGAAUCUCAUUUUAGUAGAAUGCCUCUGGUGCUGUAUAUGUUGCUGGAUAGGAUGUAUCGCAUAGCCGUGGAUCGUAGCCAGGGCAAAUUACUCAUAAUUAGCAUCCAAAAUUUUGGUAGCAGAGAGUUUCUCAAUUACAUUGCUAAGAGGUACUCUAUUGCUAAGGAUCGUAGACAGAAAAUUUUGGAUGUUUACUUACUAAUGUUAAUGUUUUCUCUAAUGCUAAGUUUGGCUGUAGCCGCCAAGAACUUGCCGUUGUUGGAGGAGUUGCACAUUCACUUGACCUUUAUUAGCGAAGAGGAUAUAGAAAGUGUUGGUCGUUAUUGUCCUAUGUUUAAGUCAUUCACAUUGAAUGCCAGUGAAUAUGAUACUUUUGGAAAUUUAAUAUCUGCAGAUGAUGGUCAAGCUCUAGCCAUUGCCAAAAGUAUGCCUGAAUUGCGGCACCUUGUACUUAUUGCAAAUACGUUGACAAAUGUUGGACUUGAAGCUAUUCUUGAUGGCUGUCCACACCUUGUAUCACUUGACUUGCGCUGCAGUUAUAAUAUUGAUCUUGGAGGAGAUUUAGGUAAAAGAUGCAGAGAACAGAUUGUAGAUCUUAAGCAACCUUGUGCUUCCUGUCAAGAUUAUGAGUUUUAUUCUGAAUUUUCACAUUACUGUUUCUCUAAUGAUAACUUCCUCCGCUUCAGAGACUAUAUAUCUUGAGAAACUAAUGUGGCUUGUUUGAUGGGAAUGUGGAAGAAGACAAAGGGAUUUUAGUAGCAGUGGUUUUUCAUCUUCCUUUCUUUUUUCAGAACAAAAGUGGUGGUUGCAUUUGUUUUUGUGAUGCUGUGAUAAAUCGAUCUUAGCUUUUGUUAGAAAAGACAUUAUAUUUGUGAGAAAUGUGGUAGUUUGAUUUCUAUGUCAAACAACUUUUAAUUAUGGCUUGUUGCAUUACAUAAAUCUAUUACUACAGCUCACCUCCUCCACUCGUGAAAUCACCACCUCCACCAGCAUACAUUUAUGCUUCUCCACCACCUCCAACUCACUAGUAAGUAUUUCUAGGAGCUCAACCAUUCUCCCGAAUCAAUGAAGUGAGUAGCUAUUUGAAUUGUGAUAUUUUUUAUAUAAGACUUUUCUUUCAUCCAAAUAAAUCUCUAAUCUUCUAUUUGGUUGUUUCUAUUCCGAUUUCAAUUUGAUGCACAAAAUGAAUGGUUUCUUGAGGGAAAGAUUUCAAACUCCAAUGGCAACAAUCAUCAAUUAAUUUAUUGCAUAAGUUCUUCUAUUUUACAAUUGGAAGAUUGAUACUUCCUGUCAUGGACUAGUUUGCUUCAACUUCUCCUCUGAACUUCUUUCUCAUUGUUCUC